GAAACAUUUUCCCGUUCGUUCUCUCGUCGAAGGUGCUUUUGAUUCGGGCUGAAAUUUGUAGUGCAAUUUAAUUCCAAAUCAUUCAGUUCUCCAACUGGUGUCCUGAGAAUCCGCUUUGGGUGGAAAUUGUGUAAAUUGGAUUGAAAUAAGUGCGUGGAAUUCAGUGUUCGGGAUUUCGAUUUCGAGGAAGCAAAAAUCGCGACGACGAUUGAUCGUUUUUUAUGCUCCGUUCCGUGCUGUGGUUUAUGCUGCUAUCAUCAAUCGCUGUCAGUGUGUGAGUGGAAGCGCUUUCUUGUUUUGACUUUUGAUGUUUAUCAUCAUCCCGCUCGGACCAUCAUCAACAAUCGGGCAGUCAGUACGAGGAAGUGUCAAUUUUCUAGUGCAAUCAUUGUGCAAAAUAUUACUAGCGAAGAUCAAUCCGUUUUCUCGGAAGUGUUUUCCAAAGUUUUCAAAGUGCCCAAUCGAAUCCGGAGCAGGGAAACUUGGACUGGGUCGUUGACAUUGCCAGCUUGGACCCACAGUGACAUCCGGCCAGUUGUGAGCACCGAGUGCGGAGAAGGUCGCCAAUUUUCUCGAAACGCGCACUCCGCGCGCCUGCCGCCCAAAUUCUGCUGCUCCUCUUGAUCCUCCGUCGGUUGACACACCAGCCACCCAAAAACACACCAUCGGAGAAAAUCUAGAAAGAGCGAGAGCGUGAGAGCAUCCCAUCGCGUGAAGGAAAAUCCUCCGUGCGUUGUUGUGUAAGAGGAAAACCGAGGAAAAACUCCCGUCAUCAUCUCUCAUCGUCUGAAUCAGCAGCUAGCCAAAGACGACGACAACACAGAAUCGACUUUGCGUAGUUAUCCUCCGUAUUGUGGUUUGUUGUUUCGCAAUUCGAAGUUUGCUGAAGAAAAACGAGUCGUAGAAAGUGUGACACAAUUUCCUUCGUUCGCGAAAAGUGCGUCCCGUUUUUUGGAAAAUCGCGUUGAAGAAUCUCUGGGUCUGGGUUUUCAUCACAGUGGAAGCGUGGCUAUUUUCGUUCCGAAAAAAGACGUCCUACGGACGAAAGGCCUGCAACGAAGAAACCCAAAGUCAUCCUCUAAGCUCCCGAGAGUAAUAGUAGUGUGAUAUAGUGUGUGGUGGGUUCGGUUUUAGUUGGUGGUAUUGUUCAUCCCCAAUAAGAGGUAUCCCAUUCACGGAAAGGGGGUGUUUUUCCUUUGGGGUUUUGCUUGUAUGCGGUGAUGUGAUAUCCUUUCCACCCCCGAAAUAAAAGAAACUAGGCUACGUGCCACACAUUUCCAGCACGCUGCUCGCGACGGCUGGAGGCACAUUCUCGAAUCGUCAAAAAACCCGAAAAAUCAAUGAAUCUGAACCACAACCAGACGACGACGCAGCAAUAUUAGAUAUUUGAAAGCAUCCGAAUCUCGCUGUGAAUUAGGGGCUGUGUAUGCAAUCUCUCACGGCUACUCUCCCCCGGAAGAAUCUCGUUCUCGAUUCUCGACCCUUCCAGGAAGUGGUGUAAUCCAAAUCAAACGACCAAACAUUAGCAAAAUUGCUUGUUUUUCCUGGCCCUCGCAUUAGAGGAAAAGCGGCGUGUGCCAUUAGGCAGUCGCGUUUGUGGCGUGAUUAUGAAAUCCUAAGCCGAAAAGUGUCCCCAAAAGUGUGAGCGGAAAAAGUGGGAAAUCAGUUGCAGUUUUCCUCGGCCGAAAACUACACACAGUGUUCGGGUUGUAGAAAAUAGGCAAGUGGAAAAGUGGUGCGUCGUUAUAUAAGAGUGUGUAUUUCUCAGUACUUCUGUUUUUUUUUGGAUCGACCGAGUUUGUGUUGUGGCGACGAACGUCGAUCUUUGUCGGUUACGAUUGGUGUGAAUUUCACGCAAAGCCAGAAACAGUUGCGAAAGCAGAGUUUCAUAGUCGAGAAAAUCGAGUGAUUUGCAGGGGAGGCAGUAGGAUCGGGGAGGGAAACAGCAAAGAAGUGGUGUGCUGCAGCAAGGUGGAAAUAGAAACAUAAGCAGCAAGCCGUAGCAGAAAAAAGCGAGGGAUUAAGUCAAUUUUCGUCGAGUGACCCGGAGAGCCAGAAAAAGCCGCCAAACUGGAGCGACUUCCCGAAUAUCUGCGUGACACCGUGGACUGGUUUAUGGGAAAAGCCCGACGCAAGGAACGAGACGGCGAUUCGAAUCAGGGCGACACAAAGCUAUACCUGGAGGAGGGCGUACUGGAACGGAAGCUGCCCGAUGCCGAUCUGAGGUUACUGGUCGACCUGCCGGCCGGUUUAGACUAUAAUGAAUGGCUUGCCUCGCACACGUUAGCGCUUUUCGAGCACGUGAACCUUGUAUACGGAACAAUCAGCGAAUUCUGCACCACAUCCGGCUGUCCAGACAUGACCGGACCAGGAACUAGAAUGUACCUAUGGUUCGACGAGAAGGGCAAGAAGACGCGCGUCGCGGCGCCCCAGUACAUCGACUACGUGAUGACCUUUACGCAGAAAACCGUCAGCGACGAGUCGAUAUUCCCCACCAAAUAUGCCAAUGAGUUUCCUAGUUCGUUCGAGAGUAUUGCUAGAAAAAUUUUACGUUUACUGUUCCAUGUGAUCGCGCACCUGUACGCGGCGCACUUCCGCGAGGUGGCACUGCUCGGGCUGCACGCCCACCUCAAUCUCACCUUCGCCCAUCUGACCGCGUUGCAUAGGCGUUUCAAUCUAAUAGAACCCAAAGAAACCGAAGUUUUACGUGAUCUAGAAAUCGCUUUACGUUUAACCGACGAUCCAGUACCUUCGUCCGGCACCAGCAGCACCGGAAGCAGCACGAGCCAACAGCAGUCUCUGGCGGCGGCCAGCAGCAACAGUGCGGACAGUGGAUCGGUGUCGGCCACGUCCACAGCGACGACGGCCUCGACCGGUGCCAGUGCGAGCGCCUCGGCGUCGGUUAUGGCCACCGGAGGAGCAGGAGGACCCUGUGUGGAGAACAAUAAUAGCAGCAGUAGUGAUAGUGGCGUCGCGACGCUGCACUCGCUCAUAGAUGGCGAUGCGACGGCGCAGCCAAUCUGCAAACAACCGUUAGAAUCGGGCAGUGUAAAUAAUAGUCAUAAUGUUUCUAGUAGUAAUAAAGAACAAAUGAUGCAGACGUGUGGUCCGGGAGGAGGUGGAAGUGGCAGCAGUACCGGAAGCGUCGGUGUGAUCGGAUGUGGCGUCGGCUAUGGCGGUGGUGGCAGCACCCAGCAGACCUCCAACACCCAGACAACGGCAUAGUGGAUACGUUGGACGGCUAGUGUGGGCGCCGGGGCCGGUACCAUUUUCCUGCUGGGCGGGGCUGCGUGCUGCGGAGCCUUGCAGCUUCAAACCAAUCUCUGACCGAAAUGUGAUUUAUCCCCUAACAAAAAAAAAAAACGAAGAGAUGAAAAAAGCAGAAAAAAAAGAAACCAUAAAAUGAGAGAAUCCACAACAAAAUUCUAAUUCUUAAAGAGUUGAACAAAGAACAAAAAACUAGAAAACAAAUCAAGUAAGAAAUAAGACAAAAACCAAUCCAAUUAUAUCCCAAAAAAAGUUACACAAAACCUGACAGCAAAGCAACAAAUGCUAGGAAGACACAAUACUACACAAUUGAAAAAAAAACGAACAGAACAACCAACCAAACAAACUGUGUUGAUGCGGAAAGCAGCUUCCUAUUUUGUUCUUUCUUUUCGAUCAAAACACUUAUUUGAAAUAAUACCCCUUCAUUAGAAAAGAAGAGUAUAGGGUUGACUAUAUAAUUUAUGUUGUGUUUAGUGAGAACUACAUUUAGCCUAAGUAAAGGGACAGUGAGAUAGUGAAACGCGAAAGUCUUUCCUUGGAAAAAACGUAUGAAAAGAAGAAAAAUGCAAACUACACCACAGUAUCGUUGUUGGAACGGCAUCAUGCUUUAAAUUUUAGCUAGUGAGAAAAAUCCAGUAGAAACCCCUUGAAAACUUGAAUUUCGACACACGCAUCCCUCUGGAACCCACAUUAUUAUCUCGAACUUGAACGAACCUCAAAAAUUUCCUUCGCCAGGGUUUAAGUUUAUAAUCGUUGGGAAAAUCAUUGGCUCGAAAUAUUUUAUCGUUGAAAUCCGACAAAUCAUGUUUGGGCUUACUCUACGAGUGGCGUGAGGUGAGAAUUGUCGGUUCACCGAUAGAAUAUUUUGAGCCAAGUAUUUUCUGAAUAAUAAACUAAUAGUCUGUGAAGAAACAUUUUAGGACAGGUUCAUUCAAGUUUGAUAACAUGGAGGUUGCAACAACGGAUCGCGAUUGUCGUGAAGCACGAACAACUAAACUGAAGGCAAAAGGGGAAAAUCAAAUUUUCCCCCACACGAGAAUAGUCCGAACAGCAAACGAGGACCAGUUCAGAGUUUGCCGGGCAGUCCUUCCCCCUUCUUAUGACGACAGCAAUAAUAAUUCAAAAAUCCUUCGGAACACACAUGGCAAACUAAUCCUCGCGCGGUGUGUUGUUUUGCCUAAACUUCGAUUUAGCGUUAAAAUUGUGAUUCAAAGUAGCUAUGUUUUACCGAACGCACUGCUGUACAGCUACUACUACUACUACUACUAUUAAACCCCAUCCCCCUUUUUCUCCCAUCUGUUUUCGAUCGUCCCCCUUCGUUCUUAUUAUCUAUUAUUUUAUGUUUUAAAUUAAUAAUUAUUAUUGUUGUUUAUUUAGUUAACUACAAUUACAACCAUUUUUGUGCGGGUUUCGCGUUUCUUGUUAGUGGUUUUAAGUAGACUCCUUUCCCCGUUGAGAAAAGUGUAGAACAAGGCAAAAAACAUGAUUGUUCCACCCGUCGGUUUUUUUUUUCGAUUUGCAACGGGGAACGUGAACAUUGUGAAAACCUAGAAGAAAACUGUAAACGGCGAGUGGAGAAGCAGAGAAAUUAUCUGAAAACAUACGUAGUAUCGAGAUGAGAUAACUGUGCAGAAAGAAGAGAAAUCUAAUGUAAUAACAAACUGCAACAAAGUUCGUACCAAUCACA